AUGCAGGCUCCUAAAGGCCCAGUAGCCUUAGGGGUGGGAGACUGCAUCGCUCAGAUGCUAGUUUUACCCAGCCGUCAUGGGGACUAUCCAUCAUUGUCUGGUACUAGAGGAGACAGAGGAUUUGGAUCAUCAGAUUCAGCCUUUGUUGCCCUCUUUCUUAGAUUGGAUGAGCACCCCAUGCUAACAAUGUCACUCAAUGGGCGAAAAAUAUCUGGACUGCUAGACACAGGAGCAGACCGCUCUAUUAUAGCUGAAAAGGACUGGCCACUAACCUGGCCUACCCAGACGGCACAACAAACACUGCAAGGCUUAGGAUCAAUUCAUGCACCUAAAAUUAGUAGUCAGAUAAUUAAAUUGGAAGACAAUGAGGGACACUCAGGAGAAUUCAUACCCUAUGUUCUCCAGCUCCCAGUUACCUUAUGGGGGAGAGAAGUGCUCUCUGCCCUAGACUUGACCUUGUGCAAUGAAUAUUCUCACACAGCCAGGAGAAUUCUUAAAAAUCAAGGGUAUGAACCAGGCAAAGGAUUAGGCAAAGACCUGCAAGGAAGGCCUUUCCCCAUCCAGGCACAACCACGCGUUCAGAGGCAAGGUUUGGGUUUUUAG